UACAAUUACUCAGCUAUUUGACAAAGCAAUGCAUAUAUUGUGGCCAACUAAUGUAAAAUAUGACAAUAUUUUACUUUUUAUAUCUGACGCGGCUCCUUAUAUGAAGAAAGCGGGUAGUACAAUUCAAACUUUGUACCCGAAUAUUAUUCAUUUAACUUGUUUGGCUCAUGCAUGUCAUAACGUCUGUGAAGAAGUACGAGCAUAUUAUAAAAAUGUAGACCAGUUAAUUUCUGAAAUGAAAAAGACAUUUUUAAAAUGUCCUAAGAGAAUCGCAGUUCUGAAAGAAAAAUGUCCAGAAUUGCCAAAUCCACCUAGACCGAUAAUUACACGUUGGGGUACAUGGAUUAAUGCAGUAAAAUACUAUUGUACAAAUUUCAAUGAACUGAAAUCUAUAAUUGAAGAAUUCGAAGAAGAAUCUGAAUGUGUGAGAGCAGCUAAAAGACUUUUUAAAAUGCCAUCGAUACAAAGUAAUCUGGUGUAUAUUGUAUCUAAUUUUGGAUUUUUGCCUGACACAAUUACAAAACUAGAAACAAGAGGUGUAUUACUAUCGAAAAGUGUAGAUAUUGUAAAUAAUAUACAGAUUAAACUCGAAGAAUGCAAUGGCGAAAUAGCUAAAUUGAUUUUGGAUAAAUUCAACAAAGUUAUAUCGAAGAACAAAGGAUGGGGAAAUAUCAAAAAUAUCAACCAAGUAUUGAUUGGAGAAACCACAACCGAUGACGAUCUAUCAAGUAGCAAUCUUAAUUUAGAUAAUUAUUUAAGUAUGAAAUACGCCCCGAUAACUUCGGUGGACGUAGAAAGAUCAUUUUCGAUGUACAAAAAUAUUUUAACCUCUAAUCGUAACCGUUUUACUGAAGACAACCUAUCAAAAUACAUGGUAGUCAAUUUUUUUUUAAUACCAACUAGUUUAUUUUGCAUGCAGUUUUAAUUUUUAAUUUGUAUUUUUCUCAAAAU